AUUUCCUUGGAAGAAAUGAUAUUCUUCCUUGCAUUUAUCACUUCCCAAAACGAACCUAGGCAAUUUCCCAACUCACUGAGUCAGUGGUCAGUGGUCAGUGGUCAGUGGUCAGUGGUCACUGCUCUCUCUCUCUUCAAUCCAGAAAUGGCAAAGCUUCAGCAUCAGCUUUUGAUCUUGCUUCUGCUAAGCUUGCAUUCUUCCUUGCUGCUACCCUCUGCUCAAGCUGAUAUCUUCUUUGAAGAAAGAUUUGAUGACGGAUGGAGGGAUCGCUGGGUAAUAUCAGAUUGGAAAAGGAGUGAAGGAAAGGCUGGUACAUUUAAGCAUACUGCUGGUAAAUGGGCUGGAGAUCCUGAUGAUAAAGGUAUCCAGACUCAUAAUGAUGCAAAGCAUUUUGCUAUAUCAGCAAAAAUUCCUGAAUUCAGCAACAAGAAUAAAACUCUUGUUUUUCAGUACUCAGUGAAAUUUGAACAGGAUAUUGAGUGUGGGGGAGGCUACAUAAAGCUUCUUUCUGGUUAUGUGAAUCAAAAGAAAUUUGGCGGAGAUACGCCAUACAGUUUGAUGUUUGGACCAGAUCUAUGUGGCACACAGACCAAAAAGCUUCAUCUUAUAGUCUCCUACCAGGGGCAGAAUUAUCCCGUCAGGAAGGAUCUGCAGUGUGAAACUGACAAACUAACACAUUUUUACACCUUCAUCCUUCGGCCAGAUGCAACAUACAGUGUACUGGUUGAUAAUCGUGAAAGAGAUUCAGGAAGCUUGUAUACAGACUGGGAUAUUCUUCCUCCAAGAAAAAUCAAAGAUGUUAAAGCCAAAAAGCCUGCAGACUGGGACGAUAAAGAAUACAUAGAUGAUCCUAACAAUGUCAAACCUGAGGGUUAUGACACAAUUCCAGCCGAGAUUCCCGAUCCUAAGGCCAAAAAGCCUGAUGACUGGGAUGAAGAUGAUGAUGGAAUUUGGCGAGCCCCGAAGAUCCCAAAUCCUGCUUACAAAGGACCAUGGAAGGCUAAGAAAAUCAAGAACCCCAACUACAAAGGAAAAUGGAAGAUUCCAUGGAUUGACAAUCCUGAGUUUGAAGACGACCCAGAUAUUUAUGUGAUAAGGCCCGUAAAAUAUGUUGGCCUUGAAGUUUGGCAGGUGAAGGCCGGUUCAGUAUUUGACAACAUUUUAAUUUCUGAUGAUCCACAAUAUGCAAAACAAAUUGUUGAGGACUAUUUUGUCAAUAACAGGGAGGCUGAAAAGGAGGCAUUCGAGGAAGCUGAAAAGGAGAAAAAAGCUCGAGAAGAAGAGGAAGCUCGAAGAGCAAGGGAAGAAGGUGAAAGGAGAAGAAGAGACAGAGACCUACACAGGGGAGACAGAAGGCGACAUAAAAGGCGUGAUCCCCGUGAUUACUUGGAUGAUUACCAUGAUGAACUAUGAAAAAUCAGUCCUAUAAUUUUCAACGCCGGAGACCUAAAACAACAGAGGCUGUUUACAAUGCUCAAGUCUUGCUUGGUUCUCUGGUGAAAUGGUCUUCUUUUGAAACAUUUUAGUCUUGAAUUUGUGACCUUCCAUCAUUAUUGCUGCCAUGAGAGUCUGCUUUAGACAUUUUGAGCAAUGACCAACUUAUUUGAGCAAAUUGUGCUCCGCAAUUGGGGUAUUGGCUUGAACAGAACUAAUUGUAGUUUAUUUUUCUCCGAGCUUUAAGCUUUGCUUGUUGUUUUGAUUGUACAUAGAUGAGCUGUUUUAAAAUUAGUACAUCAGCAAAAUCACGUAUCAGCUGA